AUGAAUCACAACCAUGGCGGAUCCUCAACGACAGGGACCGGCGCUUUCAAAAAGAAGAAUAGGGAACUCGCCGAGGCGUAUUGGUACAUCGUCGCUGGUGUUGUUGGGUUUUGCGGUGUUAUUCGGCUCAUCGACUAUGUGCAAGUAGUAAGGAGUCCACCGCCCCUCGGUCGCGUCCUAAUCUUGUUCGCCUACUGGGCCGUCAUCAUUUACAUGAUCACCUACAAAGCUAUCAUCGACGACGUAUACUUCUGGGAACGCAUCGGCUUUCGAAAUGCCUGGAUCACAGUCACCCAGAUGCCCCUCGUCUUCUUACUAUCGAUGAAGACGAACCCCAUCGGUUUGAUUACGGGGAUUAGCCACGAACGACUCAACUGGUUGCAUCGAUGGGUGGCGAGGACCAUGUUCGUAACAGCGACUAUGCACGGGUUCCACUUCUACACCGAAUGGGUUAUUGCCGACUUUGUUGAGCUCGAGCUGAAGAUUAUGCCUAUGGUCAAGUACGGUCUGGGCGGCUGGGGUAUUUUGCUCUGGAUGUUUAUUACAUCAUUUUAUCCCGUUCGAUCCGUCGCCUAUGAGGUGUUCGUCAUUCAGCAUAUUCUCUCGGCCGUCAUCUUCAUCUGGGUCAUGUCCAACCAUCUGCCUCCCGUGGCUAUGUAUAACCUGUGGCUUGCUGUGGGUUUCAUAGCUUUCGACCGCGCUGCCAGAUGGGCACUCCUCGCUUUUAGGAAUUUCAAGGUAAAGGUCGGAAAAUCGCCGUGUCAGGGGAGGAAGAGGAUCGGACACGAAGCACUCGUGCGAACGGCUGGAGACAGCACGACCGUUGUCACUGUCAGGGACGCCCAUUUCAAAUGGAACCCGGGCCAGCACCUCUAUCUGUGGAUGCCGACCGUUGGUCCUACCGAAGCCCAUCCUUACACGAUCGCCUGCGCGCACAAGGUCGCCGGAGAGUGCGUGUGCAACUCGAUCGAGUUCGUUAUCCGGAAACAUUCCGGAUUCUCCAAGCGUCUUCACACGGCGGCCCGAAAAGCGCAAGAAAAGGGAGAAUUAAUGCGCACUACAGCUUUCGUUUACGGACCGUACGGAAGCCCGCCGAGCUGGGACGUCUACGAUACCGUCAUUUUAAUCUCGGCGUCGACAGGCGCGUCUUUUACGCUCCCCAUACUCGAAGACAUUGCCCGAUCGAAGAAGAAGACGUGUCUACGGAGGGUGGAAUUCAUCCUCACCUCUCGCCAGAGCGAGGAAACUGGUUUCUACGUUCAGCAGGUUCGCGAAUACCUAAGCCGCGAACGCACAUCCGAUAUCGAACUCCAUGCACACGUCGCCAUCACCGGUCCUUGCAAGAACUCACUGCCUGCGACCAAGGGAUCCACUAUUGAAGCCGCAUCCUCGUCGACCUCAUCCGUCAAUCAUGGCGACGAGAAGAAGAGCGUCGACGCCGUCACGCCGCAACAGAAUACCCCCACACCAGCGAAUAUAAACGAUGCCGAAAAGGCCGUCGCCGUCGACACAGUCACGGCCACCCCCACAACCCCGGAAAUCAGCACGGGCGAUAUCGACAUUAUUCGAGAGUACGAUUGCCGUCUCGACAUAGCCGCGCUGCUAAAGGAGCCUGUGGAGGCUGCUCUUGGCGAGACGUUGGUGGUGGUUUGCGGAGGGCGGCCGUUGGUGGCGAGGGUGAGGAAUUGUGUUGCUAGGCUGUCGGAUCAGAGGGCGGUUCAUAAGGGGACUGGGGCGCAGGGGAUUCAUUUGCAUGUGGAGGAGUAUUCUUUCUGA